AUGCGUCCGCCUCCACCAGAGGCAUGGGAGAACAUCAAGCCAGAAUUCAUCAAGUUGUAUGUCGAUCAAAAUGUUCCAUUACCAACAGUCAUGAAAGAACUCGCCUCACGGGGGUUUGAAGCAAGUCCGAAGAUGUACAAGAACCGAAUAAAGUCAUGGGGCAUCACCAAAUAUUUGAAGAAGGAAGAGGCCGAAAAGCUUGCCAAGGCUGAAGGUGCCGAGAGAGAUCGUGCCCAAAGAUCUAUCAUUCGCCGAAAGGCUCGAGAGUCGACCAAAGGGAAGCUGCAUACCGAAAAGUCCACUGGUUCUGAUGAAGAACCUCACUCCGAACUACCCCAAACAACAACGCCACUUAAUGUACGACCUCCUCUCGACAAUAUCCAUGUGUCUCAGAUUACUUCCAACGGCUUUGUGGCAGAGCCUUCGCCAAUUCAGACAGAAACGCCGCGGCCAUGGUCGCCACCAUCUAGCUUGCCUCGCAGACCUACACUCGAUGGAACCAUGCCAGUACCAGUCAAGGACCUCCUGGUGACUCUCCGACGUUGGACUCACGAGGCUGUAAUUUCUGGUCACUGGGAACGGUCUGCAUCAACCCAACACGAGAAAGCCCGACAUGUGUCCCGCCAUCUUGCAUCGGACCUACAGGCUGGCUUAAAGUACAUGGAACAGGGCAAGAAGUCGAUGGCGUGGAUACAUUGGAGAUCAGCUAUCAGACGAUUCGAGAAUCCUGAUCUCUUCAAGACCUGGUAUCACGAAACCCCCAUCCGGCUGCUUUUUGAAAUUGCCCGGAUUAAAGAAUCAGGCCAUCCGCAGUUUGCUGCUCAAUUGCUCACGAAUACCGGCGGUUGGGCUGCCACUCGCCUGCAACCGGACGACGUCCGCCAUGCUCUAUACAGUACUUACGGGCAGCUUGAGGUCGAUAACAUACGCUCUGUUUAUGAACAAGCUGCACGAUUUAUGCUUGAUGGUCUCGCCUCACGACUAGAGAAGGAUGAUCCUUUACUCUUCGAAAUCCGCCUCAAUCGGGCCUUGGAUAUGAGUUAUUUCGACGAGACCGUGGAUCUUUCGGAGUGGCUUCCCCCACUAGAGGAAGUAGAUGAAACAAUGGGCACGAAGAACUCUUUCUGCGUUUACUACUUGCUCUUGCAAGCGUAUCAGCUGGUGGCCCUUGGAGAAACCAACGCUGCGGACAAGAAAGCCUCAGAAGCUCGGCGUCGAAUUGAUGCGCUGCCAAGCGGUGGUAUCGAUCAGUACAAACUAGGCAUGGCGUAUCGCCGACUUGGAAGAAUGCAGUACAAACGUCAGCACUGGCAGGAUGCCAAACGCAGCUUCAAUCAAGCUUGGAAGAAUCUAAAGACUGGCAAACACGCUGAUGGUCUCAUGAUUGAAGUACUGCAAUGUCAAUUGAACUUGGCCUUGCAGACCGAUGACGUUGCGGAUGUCGACAUCUAUAGGGACAAUCUGGCAAAUCUCGAGCACAAAAUUCAAGCUCAAGAGGAAAAGGAGAUGCAGGACGAAGUGGCUAGAGGUGGUGUUCUGGACGAAUACACCGUCAAUGGCCAUAUGGGGAUGAUUCCCGAGGCUGUCGUCAAUAGUGCAGAUGUUCCAUCGAUCACCGUUGACAGCCCGGCUCCAUUUCAGAACGGCAAACUCGUUCGGGUUCCGACUUUGACGGAGGAAAGGUGA